AUGGCCAAGAAGACCACAGACAGCACAGAUCUCCAAGCUGCCGUACAGUCAGCACCAGACAAUGAUGGAGGAUCCUCUGCAAUGAUCAGAGCUGAGAUUAGUAGCAAGGAGAUUGCUCAAGACAACGAAAGCAAAAGCGACAAUGACGACGCGAAGGCUGCCAAGGAGUCGAAGCAGAGGUCCAACGCCCGAUGGGCCCUACUGCGAAAUGCCAUUGUGAAAAAUGCGUCGUCCAAAGAAGGGUAUACCUCCUCCAAAAUCCGUGAUACUUCGAUGACACAUUCGGGGGCAGCCGAGGGCAGUAUCCAUCAAUUUCCAGGCUUUAAUCUUCUUCCCCGCGGGAGGAUACCGCGAAGCAAGGUGCCUGAAAUGGUCAAUCUCCUAACCAGGCCAAUCGUCUUGGAGGACACUACCAACCAAGAGGAAGAUCUUGUCGUCAAGCUGGAGCUGUCUCUGCUGGCCUUGUCGGCACUGCGAUCGGAUAAGUGGAUUUGGGAAUUCCUCAUCCAAUUUCAAUGCAAACUCAACAUCCAAAAGGUGCUGGAACGGCUCGACCAGAGGUUGCAGCGAAGUAGCGACAAUCCAAAGCUGAGAAUUCGUCUUGGAAAGGGAUCUGGUUGGAUCGAUGCUGAAAAAUCUCCUGAUGUAUUCUCAGAAACCACAAACACCUGCUUGACACUGAAAAUAGUAUUGGCUCCAUUCUUUCCCAGCUGUGGCAUUUUUUGCUAUUCUCUGCCACUGUUUGACGAUAGGAAGCAAGACGACACUAAAGACAAAGACGAUAAUUCGACCCUACUGCUCACAAGAGAGCGUCUCGGAACCACCAAAACAUCACUUCAGGAGCUCGUCAGUCACCAUCACCAUGAUGGAAUCGACAAUACUUCCAAUGUCUGCGUGUGGGAUUGUGAAAAAACCUUGGCAUACACAUUGAUGAAACACUUGGCAUUGCAACAACCAUUGCCGUGGUGGAACCAUGACGACGACAACAACAAUCCACUUCAUAUUCUGGAACUGGGUGCUGGCAUGGCAGGGUUGGCUGGUCUCUCACUGGCUCAAACUCUGCAACAGAGGAAUCCCAAGAAACAGCUUCGUCUGUGGCUCACGGAUGGGCACCCCCAAGCCGCCAAAAACAAUCAAGUGCAUGCUCAUUUGAUGCAGUUGAGAUUUCCCAACAACGCACCCGUCGUGAAAUGCCUCGUUUUGCCUUGGUCCAUGGAUCCGCCACGAGAAGAAGAGAGAAUCCCUCCAUGUCAUGUGGCUCUUGUUUCCGAUUGCACGCACUUUCAAGAGUAUCAUGGCCAUCUCUUGUUGACGCUGGUGUAUGGAGUUGCCAUUCAUGGUUGUAUCUACAUGUGCCAGCCGAACCGUGGAAACUCUCUAGUUCGAUUCUUGAAUGUUGUGAGAGCCACUGGUAGUGCAGAGCCGUUGCUUUCUCUGGAAUGGAUUGAAAUCCCCGAAAUAGAAAAUGACACGGAAUCACCCACAACCCACUACGAUCCCAGCAUUCAUCGUCCUCGGUUGUUGUUGCUUCGCAAGCUUCGAGCUGUGGAGGAGGCGGACCGAGAGUUGGUCAGGAAACACAUGUCAACGCGAGAUGAUACUUAG